CUGCACUACGGGACCCUCCUGGGCAGCAGAGCUUGUGCCCACAUGGCAGCAGCUGCCUGGGCCAGUUCCUUUCUCCACGCUGUGCUGCACACAGCCAAUACAUUUUCCCUGCCCCUGUGCCACGGCAAUGCCCUGGGCCAGUUCUUCUGUGAGGUGCCCCAGAUCCUCAAGCUCUCCUGCUCCAAAUCCUACCUCAGGGAACUUGGGCUUCUUGUGCUAAGUGCUCUUCUAUUUUUUGCUUGUUCUGUGUUCAUUGUUUUCUCCUAUGUGCAGAUCUUCAGGGCUGUGAUGAGGAUCCCCUCUGAGCAGGGGCGGCACAAAGCCUUUUCCACCUGCCUCCCUCACCUGGCUGUGCUCUCCCUGUUCAUCAGCACUGCCUAUUUUGCCUACCUGAAGCCGCCCUCCAUCUCCUCCCCAUCCCUAGAUCUGGCCCUGUCAGUUCUGUACUCGUUGUUGCCUACAUUGGGGGUGGGCGCGGCGACGCAAACCGCGGAGGAUUUUGAGGCGGGCAAGCGCGCGGAGGUGCGAACGUCGGAACCCCCUCAGCGAGCGGACUCACCAUCGGAGGUGGGGGAACACGCGCGGGCCUUCUGGCAGGGGCUCGCGGAGGAGGCGCGGAACGCGGCCUGA